CCUUUGAGGUGUGCUUCCUGUUUGAGCACCAGCACAAGAUGGCUUCCACAGAGGACUCAAAACUGACAGGUGAUUUAGCGCCGCCAGUCUCAAGCAGGUGUCCAACAUGGCGAUCACGGGGAGCGGAUCUCUCGCUAUUUCUCUCUAUGUUUUCGUGAUUUCAGCAUCGUUUCUUCCGAAAGGAGCUGCUGAAACCGUGACAGUUGAAGGUCAGAACCUGGCGACUGACAACGUGUCGGUGAUCGAGGGGGAAAUGGCUACCAUCAGCUGCAGAGUGAAGAACAACGACGACUCCGUCAUCCAGCUGCUCAACCCCAACAGGCAGACCAUCUACUUCAAAGACGUCAGACCUCUGAAGGACAGCCGGUUCCAGCUGGUGAAUUUCUCUGACAACGAACUGCGGGUGUCUCUGUCCAAUGUGUCACUCUCCGAUGAGGGACGCUAUGUGUGCCAGCUCUACACAGAUCCUCCUCAGGAAGCCUACGCAGACAUCACUGUCCUGGUCCCGCCAGGCAGCCCAAUCAUCGAGAGCCGGGAGGAUGUGGUCAGCGAGGGAAAUGAGACGGAGCUCACCUGCACAGCCAUUGGCAGCAAGCCAGCUGCCUCCAUCAGAUGGAUAAAAGGGGAGGAAGAACUGACAGGUGAGGCAACAGUUGAGGAGACGUAUGACAGGAUGUUUACAGUCUCCAGCCGGGUAAGAUUUUCUGUCACCAAAGAGGAUGAUGGAGUACCAGUGGACUGCAUCAUUGACCACCCAGCUGCAAAGGACCUCAUGGCUCAAAGACACUUGGAAGUGCUAUAUAAACCAGAAGUGAAGAUCGUGGUGACGUAUCCUGAAGGUUUAACUAGAGAGGGCGACAAUCUAGAUUUAACGUGUAUCGCAGAGGGCAAACCACAUCCCCAUCAGAUCAACUGGCUGAGAGUAGACGAGGAUGUGCCACCUCACGCCGUGGUCACCGGCUCUGACCUCUACAUCGAGAACCUCAACAAGUCCUACAACGGCACCUAUCGCUGCGUGGCGUCCAACGCUGUGGGGGAGGCCUAUGACGACUACAUCCUCUAUGUAUAUGAUGCUCCCACUACUAUCCCCACACCCACCACCAACCCAGUCAACACGCAAGACUCCAGAGCCGGCGAGGGGGCACCGCAGAAAAUUGACCAUGCUGUCAUUGGAGGAGUGGUUGCCGUGGUGAUGUUUGCCAUCCUCUGUGCACUCAUUGUUCUUGGUCGAUACUUUGCCAGACACAAAGGAACUUACUUCACACAUGAAGCCAAAGGGGCGGACGACGCGGCCGACGCCGACACGGCCAUCAUCAACGCCGAGGGGGGACACAACAACACAGACGAGAAGAAGGAGUACUAUAUCUAAACUGGACAGGCCAGGAGAGACGGGUGGGGAUGCUGAUGGUGGUGGUGGUGGUGGUGGUGAUGAUAGUGGUGCUGUAGGAGCAUUAUGUCUAACUCUGAUUGGUUACGAGAAGGCUUGAGGGCGGGGAGGGCGAGAUUUAAAGAGGAAGAGAUGAAAGUAGGACUGGCAUGGCCAAGUGGUAAGAAGAGGCGUUGCUGAGUCUCCUAUCCGACCCUUCCUGGACUGUUGGGGCCUAUUCUGUACAGUUCAAUUAUUUUACAGACAAUUUUGUGCCUUGUUCUAUUUCUUUUGUUGUUUUUUUCCCCCUUCACAUGCUUGUUGGAUUGGAUUUUAAUUUUUUAUUUUUACAUAUACUCCGCCUGAUCCUUUGUUGCUUUUGGCUUUCGGAGGAGAUUAAAUGGGCCUGGUGGUGUUUGUCUUUUGUGUGCUGCAGCUAGCUUUUAGCUCAUGUACCCAGAUCUGAGGAGCCAGCUCAUCCACACUUUUCUUCUUAGCAAUCUCCAGAGUUCAUUAACUGGAACACAAGCGUCAACACACUUCCUCCUGCUGGGUCAAAGUCCAACAGUACCCCAGUAAAGUCAUCAAUACAUGCAGGUCUGAUUGGUUUCAACAUAUUUCAGCGCAGAUUUCACUCACCCCCUUCAAGGUCAGGUUCACUGUGUUGAUUACUAAUGUAACAGUUGUGAGUAAUCCUGCUCAUCAUAGAAUGUAUUUGUUCCUGAAAGUAAAGUAUAGUAGGAGUGCCGUUAAGUACCAUUUCACCCCAAACUGCAUUACAACUGGUCCUUCUGACGAUUAGUAGAUGUGAGGUCAAUUUAGUAUUUGAUUAGGGUAUUGUGGAGUCCAGUCUAAGACAUCCUGACAGCUGUAAUGUGCCAUGAUAUAAAGUUGAAGUCUCUGUCGAGAAUAUGAGAAUAGUGUGACAUUUUAGGAAAUACACUUUUUCACUUUCUUGGCCAACGUUAGAUAAAAACCAUCUCCUGGCUGUAGCUUUAUGUUUAACAUGCAGACAUGAGAGUGGUAUUGAUCUUCUCAUUUAAUUCUCAACAAGAAAGCAAACAUCUGUACUCCCCGACAUGUCAGACUACUCCCUUUACAAACAUUGUCUGUAUUCAGAGUGAUUUUAGUUACUAUUUUCGUCAAAAAUCUUUUUUUUUUAAUAUCAUCCACACGAGUGGAUGGACCAGAAACAUGGCAGAAAACGUUGCUCUAAUAAUUACAGAGCUAGAAAAAGUUCUACUCUGUUGGUUUUAGGGUCAGACUUUGAGUAUAUACCUAAAGGAGCAACCGGUCCUGCUGCAAUGGUUAUAAAAUAUUAUUAAAAUGUAUUAUUUGUUAAGUAUUGGUACAGCCUGCUGUGUGUGCUUAUGAUUUAAACAUGAAAUUCUUCACAUAUUCAUACCACCCACAUGGUCAACACUGGACCAAAUAUAAUAAUUAUCCGAGUGUGCAUAUACAGUGAAUAUUACUUGUAUACAGCAAAGGCUGAAAGUCCACUGCGCAAAGUGCCCGUCUCUCAAUAAUAGAUUUUUUUUUUUUUCAGUCUGAUAAUACAGGACAUUGACCAUUUAACUGGAAAUGUUACAAGGACAUUGGUUUAUUUUUCUUUCCAAGGUUUUUAUCUUUUUAUUUAAUUCCACUUUGUUAAAGGGAAGAGAGAGAGAAUGUUAACAUUGAAUGGCAAACUAUGUAUAAGGUAUCAAGGUAUGUCCGUGUGAAUACAAGUGAAAAAUACACUUUCACUGCUUAUUUCCUGGCUUAGAAUCCCUUGCUACACACACAUUAUUUCUUGGCCUUGCCCAUACACGAGUGAAAAGACAUUCAAUCACUGCAAACAUGAAUCAGUUAUAUUUCCUCGCUGUCUGUAAAGACGUUUUACCUUUGGGCUGUCUUUGAUAACUUGUAAGGGCUCUCGGCCUCACAAGUUAUCAAAGAUUUGCGUAGAGCUUUUAGACUUGGUUUGGGGAAAGAUCAUUUCUUCCUGCAGCCUCAAACUUUCACAGAGGAGCCGUCUACUGUUACAAACUUAUUUAUUUAUAUCUUUUUUUUAAAUUUUUGAUUUUUUUUUUGCACCAACACAAAUCAGAAAACUCUACGCUCACAGACAGAGACGCAGUGUGCACACCAUGCAUGCUUCAUGCCUCUCACUCUGUCACGGCUAGAAGAGUAAAAACCUGUUUGGUAAUUAGUGAGUGAUUUCAUUGUAUUGCCUGAAUAAGAAAAAAAAAACUGUAAAUGUAUUAUGAAAAAGGAUAACCACUGCCUUAAACCCACCUCUUGAUACUUAUCAUUAUUAGGGAAAAGACUGAAGGACUUAAUUUAGUGCCUUCUUUGAUUUUGAGGCAUAUGGUUAGUAUCGUACAGUAUCCUCAUGUACACUCUUACAGUAUAUCUUGUAUAUUUCUGUCCUUUUUAACUUACAGGGCCAAUACUGAUGCACGUUGUCUGUUCACGCACCAUAAACUUGCAUCACGAUUUAAAAAGAAAAAAAAAAGCUGCAAUGAUUUUGAUGUUGGAAUAAAAUAAUACAAAGUAUUUCUUUGUUUCAUGAGGAUGGUGUGGCAGCUUCCACUGACUAGAAUGUCACAUGCCAGGAUGUAGUAUUUAUUGUCUUAAUUAGUGAUCGCAAAACAAUUUUAAAUUUGGUCAUAAUUGUUUUUUUUCUCUGCUUCACUUCAUUUAUUAUUUAUUUGGAUAUCUUCAACGACAAGGCUCAGUAGUAACAUCAGAGAGGAACACAGUACUAAAAGCUACGAUAAGCUACAAUGAAAGUACAUUUUUACAGGUUUGAUAUUUGUCUUCAAUGGUUAGAAAGUGACUGCUGCUUUUAAUCGAGGGGAAACGUAUAUAAAAGAUUGUCAGAAGCAUCACGAUCCAGUUUUUGAUCUGUUUGAAAUCCUUGAUAUUUAGUAUGUUUGUUUUCACUCUCUCAGGUUCAUGAGUGUUAAUAGUUGUGUUUUUUUUGCAUCUCAGGUAGAAUGCAAAUUUUAAGGCCCCAAGUAUAUACUGUAGUACCACAGCUAUUCAAGAAGUGAAGAAAUCACAAGAUGUACAUGUUUUUUCUCAUUUGUACAUGUUUAUGUGUUCUUAAUAUGGUGCACUGUUACAGUAAAUGUUAAAUAUUAUUUUGCAUAGACCUAGUUCACAAAGAAAGAAAACUAGAUUUGUUAAGCAGACAAAAAUUAUGUACAGUCAGUGUCAACAAAAUCACGAUGAUGUUCAUGAAACUUCUUCUUCUUCUUCUUCUUCUUCUUCUUCUUCCUCCACUGUAACACUUUGCUUAUACAGUAUCGGUUGUUUAGUAAUUAUAGGAUGUGACCACAGACAGUCAAUCAGGCAUCUGUUUGCAUUCAGUCGAUUCAUGCAUACAUUUUCCAUAGAUGAAACGAUGGUGUAUUUACUGUGACAUGACAAGUUUUAUGAAUGAUCUGUAACAUGUCUUGGAUAUUUGGAUGGAACUCAUGUUUAAAGCCUGGGGUGGGAUGGAGAGAGAGAGAGACAGAGAGAGAGAAGGGGGGUUUGGUAGUUUUAUUUCCCCCCUGAUAUGGUCGUUUUUGUUGUUGAAUCUUAAAUUUCUCUCUGUACCCAGGUGACAUUUUUUUUUCCUUUUGUGUAGUGAAGAGGAUGUUUCUCAUAUGACCAUGCAUAUUUUGUAUUGGUUCACACCGACAUUUUUACAAAAGAAAAAAAAAAAUCUGAAGAGUACUUGUCUUAAUAAAAAGAUAUCAAUGUUUAAAAA